CUUGUAGCUCGUUACCAACUUUUAUAAUGUUUCAGAAAACUUUUGAGAGUGGAGAUGAUGACACUUUCUUAUACAUUGUCCCUGGUUUAGAGGACAGUCACAAGAGAUUCCAAGAGAUGUGCGAACUUCUGAAGCUUCCUGCAGUAGUUUUACAUUUGGGCAUGGACGAAUACAAAGAGAAUUUACAGGAAAUAGCUCAACGACUAGUAGAGGUACUAAUAAAAAAGUUGAAACUUAAGGAUCAAUUCCAGCUCUUGGGAUAUGAAUUUGGCGUACCUGUUGUAAUGGAAAUGGCAGCAAUAUUGGAAAGUUAUGGGCUAACGGGCACGGUGUACUGCCUCGGCGGCACAGCGUCCGACAUCCAAGCCGACCUAGAGCACAAGCUGCGCGGCAUGUCGGAGCAGUCGCUGCAGGUGUCGCUGCUGCAGCACGUGCAGCGCCUGCUGCUGGGUGAGACGCGCCCGGCGCUGCAGCACGAGCUGCGCGCGCUGCCGCAGUUCCGCGACAAGGUGCGGCGCGUGGUGCGCGCGCUGCGCGGCCGCGUGCCGCACUCGCGCCAGUACGUCGCCGCGCUGCUGCGCGCCGUGCACGCGCGCACGCGCCUGCUGCGCGACUGCCGCACGAGCUUCACGCCGCUCAACGCUCAGGUGAUCAUCCUGCGCGCCAGGCUACACGACACGUCACCGCGGGAAUGUUCGGAGCUCUCGCAUCAGGAUGUCGUUGUUCAUCAACUGGAUGCUACACUUGAGCAUGCGCCGCGUGAUCUACGAUGUUCUUCUUUAGUUAAUAAGUAUUUAGGCAGUGACAUAUUGUCCAAAUUUUAUAAAAGAAAUCGUUGUGAAAUGCAUGCUAUAAAUUCAGAGGCUGUUUAGUUAAUUAUACAAAUACAAAAUUACGGUUGCUGUUUUUCUUCAAUGAUACUUACCUAAAUAAAUAUGUUUCAUUAUA